GUUUUCAAGUAUGGUCGACAGCCGGAGCAAACGGCUGAUCUUUGGUUGCCUGCAGGGCAGGCACCCAAGGGAGUUGUCGUGCUGCUGCAUGGUGGUUUCUGGCUGGUGCAGUAUGGCAAAGAGCUCAUGAACGACUUGGCGCGCGAUGUUGUCCAAAGAGGCUACGCCGCGCUGAAUUUGGAGUACCGGCGAAUUGGGAGUCCUACGUGGAAGGAUGCCAACAGCACCUUGAGCGACGUUUCCGCUGGGCUGGGGCUGCUGCAGUCGGGAAAGCUGUCCCUCGACGGCCUUCCGGUCGCUUUGGUGGGCCACUCCGCAGGUGGCCAUCUAGCGCUGUGGUCUCAAUUGCAGACACUAGACUCCACACCAGCGGCAGCGGUUGUGUCCAACGGCGGUGUGCUGGACCUGUGUUAUGCAGACAGUGAGGAGUUGGGAGGUGGAGCAGGUGCUGUCCAACGAUUCUUGAGCUUCCGCGAGGUAGCAAAUCUGCGGAGGGAAGUUUCCCCCAUUGAUAUGCUGCCGCCCUGCCGCGUGAAUUCCUUGCAAGGCAGCGACGCCCAAAGAGGCGUUGCCCCCAGGGCACGCAUAGGCCUCAUACAUGGGUCGCUGGAUGAGGUGGUGCCGCCCGAGCAGUCCAUCCGGUUUCUGGUCUCAGCCACCUGCGCUGGCAUUCCAUGCGAGCUUCACCUUAUCAAGCAAGAGGGCCACUACGAGGUCCAGAGUGCCUUCCGGGCGCCUCCACGCCGCGUGCUGCGCGGGGCGAUGGCGGCCACGCUGCGUGAGGAGCUGCGUGAUGAGACAGUCAUUCGAAGUCGGCUUCAAGAAGAAGCUGCGUGA